CCAUGGAGUUACGGACACACGAAUCGUGUUAUUGAGUGCCAAACAUCGUCAACUUCGAUUUUUUAACGCUAUUUUUUGAUGGCUUUACGAAGAACAGUCUUAUGUAAGUAUAUCAGCCAACCAGGAAGCGCACGGGCUGUUUGGAUAAACCCCGCACGAUGUGAAAUAGGAAAAUAUUGCAGUCGACUAUGGAGGAGCUCUGCUGUAACGAGAGUUUUAGGAAGACGGAAUCCAUUCACAUGGUAUAAUGAGAUGCUUGAGAAGUAUCCAAUACGAACAAAGUGCAUUACUUCAGGAGUGCUGUAUGGCGUGGGAGACUACAUUGCCCAAAGAGCCAUGGCCAACAAUGAAAAUGGUUUCAGUGAUAAGCGUCUUUUAAGAGCUGUUAUUUAUGGUUCAGUUAUCAUGGCCCCUCUUGCCCAUGUGCAUUUCAACUUUUUGGAGUGGUUGGUUGUAGAAAAGAUAGCUGCAAGAGCUUCCCUUGUUCCUUUUGUGAAAAUGUUCUUUGAUCAGUUUGGGUACUGGGCUCCAGCUAUAACUGUUGUGUAUCAUGUGAGUAUGGGAGCAAUGGAAGGCCUUAGUUACAAUGAAACAGUAGAAAGGCUAAAGAAACUUUAUUGGCCAACUCUUAAGGCCUGUUGGAUUAUCUGGCCCAUAGUUAUGGUGGUAAAUUUUAAACUUAUUCCAGUGGCACAUCAGUUAAACUUCUGCCUUGCUGUCAGCCUUGUCUGGGCGACUAUUUUAAGUGUAAUUCGUGCUCCAGACAGCUCGUCCUUAAGCAAACUUGAAGAAAUUGAACCUGCGUGCGCAGAGGUUCUUUCUGUGUCACAUUUACCCGUUGAUGGAGCCCAAUGAGACCUGGUGACGUCACAAGGAGACUAGAUUUCCAAGACUGGUUUGAAACGAAGUCAUCAUUACGAACAAACUUUCUCUUGAGAACACUUUAUAAUUUUCUACCUUUCACAUUAAAAAAAGGCGAAUGAUUUUUGAGUUCAGUACUCUCAUUAACCUAGAGUCCCUAUGUUUGAAACCGCAAGCGAAAACAGUUCUCAUUUCCGUGAAAGCUCUCUGCUGUGGAAUAAAAAAUUAUUAGAUAUUCCAACUAAAAGUUACCAAUAAACUAAAUACUCAAAUUA